AUGAACUCCCUGGAACAGACUGGCUGCUUCAGUAAUAGAGAGACACUUUUGAGGUGCAGUGAUGCACGGAGGGAGUUGGAACUUGCUAUUGGUGGAGUACUCCGGGCUGAACAGCAAAUUAAAGAUAACUUGCGAGAGGUGAAAGCUCAGAUUCACAGUUGCAUAAGUCGCCACCUAGAAUGCCUUCGAAGCCGAGAGGUGUGGUUAAACGAACAAGUAGACCUCAUCUAUCAGCUUAAAGAGGAGACACUUCAGCAGCAGGUUCAGCAGCUUUACUGGUUAAUGGGCCAGUUCAGUUGUCUUAUUCAUCAACUGGAGUGUACCCAAAACAAAGAUCUCGCCAAUCAAGUCUCCGUGUGCCUGGAGAGACUGAGCAGUUUGGCCCUUAAGCCUGAGGAUUCAACUGUCCUGCUCUUUGAAGCAGAUACAACUGCUCUGCGCCAGACCAUCACCACAUUUGGAUCCCUCAAGACCAUUCAAAUUCCUGAGCACCUGAUGGCCCAUGCCAGUUCAUCGAACAUUGGAUCUUUCCUAGAGAAAAGAGGUUAUACCCCAGUGCCAGAGCAGAAGCCAGCAUCCAGCAGCACAGCUCUUUCUCUCAGUGAAUGGCUUCUUGUCACCAAACCUGCCAUUGGUCAUCAGGCUCCUUAUGUACCCAGCACCAACCCCCAGGACUGGCUCACCCCAAAACAGACCUUGGAGAAUAGUCAGAUGUCUGCCAGAGCCUGCAGUUUCUUCAGUAACGCCUGGGGUGACCUGAAAGGCUUAGAGAACUGGCUCCUCAACAACCAGCAACAAACCUUUGGAAAACUGAGUUCCCCACAGUAUAAUGGCCAUUCUGUCACCAGCUCUUCAUCCAUUGGAAUUGGAAAGAUGGGAGGUGGGGAGCUCCUCGGGCAAGAAGACACAGACCUGUCUGAGUGGCUGGUGACUCGAGAACCCUGCGACCUGGAGAAGCCGGAGAAUGGUGGCCGUGAAAGCAGUGAGAAGUUAAAGCUCCUGUUCCAGAUAUUCAGAGAGCCGUACAGUGUCAGCGAUUGGCUUGUCAAGCCUGGUUCCUGUACUAACUGUCAGGGCAACCAGCCCAGAGGUGUGGAGAUUGAAAACCUGGGCAAUCUGAAAUGCCUGAAUGAUCACCUGGAGGCCAAGAAACCACUGUCUGUCCCUGGCACCACUGAACCACAGAACCAGCAGGAACCAUGUAAAAUAGAGGAAGUCUGCAGAGCCAACGAGCCCUGCACAAGCUUUGCGGAGUGUGUGUGUGAUGAGAAUUGUGAGAAGGAAGCUGUGCACAGAUGGCUUCUGAAGAAAGAAGGAAAGGACAAGAAUGGAAUGCCCGUGGAACCCACAUUCGAGCCUGAGAAACACAAAGAGUUCUUGAAUAUGUGGCUCUGUCCUAGAAAAGAGUUCAUGGAACAAGCUAAGGCACCAAAGGCAAUUGCUCCUGCUAGAAUUGCUGAUUCCUUCCAAGUCAUAAGGAACAGUUCCUUGUCAGAAUGGCUUAUCCGGCCCUCAUGCAAAGAGAGUGGCUCCAUGGAAGUGUCUAGCAUUGAGGACAAAACUGGCAAAGAAAAGGUGAAAAGCGCUAUGACGACCUCCUGGUGUCCUUUAAACACUGCUGACUGGGUCUUACCAAGAAAGAACAUGGGAAAUCUCAACCAGUUUUCUUCUGGUGAAGACAAGUGGCUACUUCGAAAAAAGGCCCAGGAAGUGUUUCUUAAUUCACCUCUACAAGAGGAACGUAACUUUCCCCCUGACUGUUACGGCCUGCCAGCAGUUUGUGAUCUCUUUGCCUGUAUGCAGCUUAAAGUUGAUAAAGACAAGUGGUUAUACAGAACUCCUCUACAGAUGUGAAGGAAUGGAUUCCUAGACUUGAGCAGCAUUUCUGCAGCUUACCACGUGAUUAAGCUGAGUGACUGCGACUUGCCAAAUCAUUGUGUAUUUUGGGUCUGCCUAGUUUUGAGCUAGAUAACAAAUCAUCAAAUUAUGAGUUAUUUUGUGAAAGAAAGGCUGUUGAUGCUAAGGCGAUUCAGUUCCUUCUUAAAGCAUCUUGGUGCGUAGGCCUUCACCAGCUUCCAUGGCAAACACUAUAGUUUUAAAAGUAAAACAUUUCUGUAUUGAAGUGUGUUAAUGUGUUCUAAAGUUAGUAAACUCUUCUUGAUACCAUUUGGAUGUUUCUCUUGCUCUGGUCUUCUAGUGGUUUGAAAUGAUUUUCUUCAGUGAAUAUAUAGGAUAUUUCAUACAACUAACCUUACCAACAGUAUGAUAUAAAUUUCCCUUACCAAAAUGUAUAUUAAUUAUACUGUAAUUUUGACAUUAAUCCUCAGAUAUUUUAGCCUUCAUGUCAUUUCUACAUUGUUUAAUUUGAAACAAUUUAAGCUAUUUUUGCCUUUGUUUGCAAAUUUUGGCUUUAUUCUGUUCUGUCAAUGUUACUAAAGUAACCAGUGAGCUCUUUGAAAAGGACUCAUUUCAAGACCACUUUCAGGGCAGUCAGAGCCUCUAAACUUCUAGAUCUCUAGUUUUUAAAGAGCCCCUGGUCAACUAAGAGCAAAAAGGCAAGACAUGGUGGAAAUGCAGUACUUGAACCACUUAUCAACCCAAGAAAUUUAUUGGUGCAUCCUGUGUAAAUGGAAGCUGAGCUUGACAAACCUGGUGCUCUUAACUAGGGGUAAAGUCAAUGUCCUCUUGCUUCAAGCGCAUCAUUCUUGUACCUCUGAAAGUACCGUGCAGUGACAUCUUGGUCAACAGGUUGUGUUCAACACUUGUGCCUUGGAGUGUUUAUUGAAACUUGAUAGAAUGGACAUCCUUAGUCAUGUCUACACUUUGGGAAGUUUCUCUGUAGGGGAAAAGUAGGACUUACAAAUGCUUUGAAAUUCUCUAAGAACUUAGUUGCUUUCCAUGCUUUGAAACUAUUAAACUUCUUAACUGUCUUACACUAUUGGAAAUGCUUUUGGGGAAAAUUCAUGGUUCCACAGUGACAGUGCCAUAUUAGAACUCUGAACCACAGCUGGAAAGAGCCUUGUAUUUUCUUAUGCCACUGGAUAUUAUAAAGGUGAUGGGUAAAAAUGACUUAAAGAGCUUUGCAGUUUCAUUUGAGGUCGAACACACUGUAUUUUACAUUAUGAAAAAUGUAAUUAACAUUAAUCACUAUGCUAAUAGGGGACAAGUAAAAAGCAUUCCUUUGCAUUGAUGAGUUUUGUAUCUCCAUUAAAAGCAUAAUGGCCACAUCACA